AUUCAUAUCUCUGAUGGAGGAGGACCUACAGAUAUAAUUAGAGAAGCUGAAGUACAAAAAAGGCUUGAGGAACUAGAAAGACAAAUUUACCCCAAAAUUGAUUACCACCCCUUGGCCCUCCCAAGGCCCAAGGAAACAGAUCUAGAUGUCCAUACCUCGGAUAUCCUAAAGGCCACACUUAACAUCCUAAAUACUUCCAACCCCGAAUUGGCUAAUGAUUGCUGGUUAUGCAUAUCUUUAGGAAUGCCCAUGCCCCUUGCUAUUCCCUCUGAUAACUUAAUUAAUUUUACAGAUAACAAUCUUACUUGCAGUCUGAGUCUGCCUUUUAAAAUACAACCUGUUGGUAAUUUUUCUAUUUGCAUAUAUGGUGAUUUCCAAAAUAAUAGCCUAGAUAUAGAUGUGGGCUUGAUCUCAUUUGGCAAAUGCUUACAAGUAACUAAUUAUUCUUCUCCCACAAGCCCCCUUUGCCCCCCAAAAGGAAGGAUAUUUGUAUGUGGAGGAAACUUGGCUUUCUCCAUGCUUCCUGCUAACUGGACCGGAUUGUGUGUGGUUGCUUUGUUACUUCCAGACAUAGACAUUGUUCCAGGUAGUGAACCGUUACCCAUUCCUAGUUUUGAUAUGAUAGGAGGAAGAAAGAAAAGAGCAGUUCAACUUAUACCCCUUUUGGCAGGACUAGGUGUAACUGCUGCCCUGGGCUCGGGAACUGCAGGCCUGGGAGUAGCUGUACAUUCUUAUGCGAAACUGUCUAAUCAACUAAUAGAGGAUGUUCAGGCACUAUCCAGCACCAUAAACGAUCUUCAAAAUCAAAUUGACUCCCUGGCUGAAGUAGUCCUACAAAACAGGAGGGGACUGGAUUUACUUACUGCAGAACAGGGAGGGAUUUGCUUAGCUUUACAGGAACGUUGCUGCUUCUAUGCCAACAAAUCUGGGAUCGUCAGAGACAAGGUCAAAAGGCUCCAGGAGGACCUGAUCAAACGGAGGCGAGAACUGUUUGACAGCCCAUUGUGGACCGGACUGAACGGACUCCUUCCCUAUCUUCUCCCUUUACUAGGCCCUCUGCUUGGAAUGUUAAUUUUUGUGGCUGUCGGCCCCUGUAUUUUUAAUAGAAUUAUGAGCUUUGUAAAACAGCAAAUUGACUCCCUUGCAUCUAAACCCCUUCAAAUU